CCCAAGCAUAGCACGGCUGCCGCCCGCACGCCACGUUUGAUCACAUUUGGCAGUGCAUGUCGACCACCUGCCCGAUGGUUGGCCCGCAGGCGGACGGCCAUGGUGGUGACGGGCGUCAGCGGUCGAAGAUGUGGCUUGGCUGUGCUGAGUGAGAGCUCCGGCUGCGCUUUUGAACGCGCGCGCCCAGCGCCCCAGGCGAGUUCGGGCUUGGCACCUCCCUCACAGGAUGGCGUCCGGCUGGUGCCAGCCCUUGUUCUUGUACUGCACGCGGCGCUCUUGCUCCGGGAUGGAUCGGCCGAGCAGCGCCAUCUCGCCCUCGGCGAGCCGCCAGCCGAACACGUCCAUGUUCUCGGCCACAUGUGGUCGGGCUGCGAGCUCCCGGGGAUCACGUGCACGCCGCGCUGCACCGCCCAGCGGAGCAGCACCUGGCCGACGGACCUGUUGUGGCCGCUGGCGAUGCCCCGGAGCCGCUCGUCCGUGAGGAACUCGUCCUUCUUCGGCGUGCUGCCCAUGGAGCCAUAGGCCU